AUGGCAGAGGACCAGCCACACCUGUACGUUCAGAUGCCAGAAUUGGGUACAAAUGGCAUUCCCAGCGGAAGGCAGUCCCCUCCAGAGCUGGCUGGCAGGGCAGGAAGCGUGCUCACCUUCCACAACAUCUGCUACCGUGUGAAGACAAAGACCGGGCCCCUGUGUUUCCGAAAAACCACCGAAAAACAAGUUUUGAGAGAUGUCAAUGGCAUCAUGAAACCAGGACUGAAUGCAAUUUUGGGACCCACUGGCAGUGGCAAAUCUUCACUGCUGGACAUCCUGGCUGCAAGGAAGGAUCCCCAUGGGCUCUCUGGUGACAUUUUGAUCAAUGGAGCUCCUCAGCCUGCCAACUUUAAAUGUACCUCUGGGUACGUAGUACAGGAUGAUGUGGUGAUGGGAACCCUGACUGUAAGAGAAAAUCUGAAGUUCUCAGCAGCACUCCGCUUGCCAAAGUCAGUGAAGGAAAAGGAAAAAAAUGAACGAGUGAAUCAGGUCAUCAAGGAGCUGGGUUUGAGCAAAGUGGCAGAUUCCAAGGUUGGUACCCAGUUCACUCGUGGGGUGUCAGGAGGAGAGCGGAAAAGGACCAACAUUGGGAUGGAGCUCAUCACGGAUCCUGCCAUCUUAUUUUUGGAUGAGCCAACCACGGGACUUGAUGCCAGCACUGCUAACGCUGUCCUACUGCUGCUGAAAAGGAUGUCAAAACAAGGAAGGACCAUCAUCUUCUCCAUCCACCAGCCUCGGUACUCCAUAUUCCGACUGUUUGACAGCCUGACGCUGCUGGCUGCAGGGAGAGUGCUGUACCAUGGGCCAGCCCAGAAUGCCAUCGAGUACUUCCAGUCCAUUGGCUACCAGUGCGAGCCCUACAACAACCCUGCCGACUUUUUCCUGGAUGUCAUCAACGGAGACUCCACCGCCGUGGCAAUGAACAAGGCUGAUGGAAAUAACACAGCAGAGAGCACUGAAGAAUACUCUGAAUAUGAUAAAAAUCUGGCCGAGCAAUUAGCAGAAAAAUACUCCAACUCUGCUUACUACAGAGAAACAAAAGCACAAUUAGAGAGCAUUUCUUCAGGAAAUAAAAAGAAAAACAGAGGACUUUUCCGGCAAAUCACAUAUGCCAAUUCCUUCCUCCACCAGCUGAAAUGGGUGUCCAGGCGCACAUUCAAAAACCUGAUAGGAAACCCUCAGGCUUCCAUAGCCCAGCUUUGUGUUACAGCUUUUCUGGGACUGAUUGUAGGUGCCAUUUUCUUUGGACUUGAAGAAAACCGUGCUGGACUACAGAACAGAGUGGGUGCAAUGUUCUUUCUGACCACCAAUCAGUGUUUCAGCAGCGUCUCAGCUAUUGAACUCUUCGUUGUGGAAAAGAAGAUAUUUAUACAUGAAUAUAUCAGUGGGUACUACAGAACAUCUGCAUACUUCAUAGCAAAGCUGAUGGCUGAUUUGAUACCCAUAAGGACUAUGCCCAGCAUCAUCUUCACCUGCAUAGUUUACUUCAUGCUAGGUUUGAAACCAACAGUAGGAGCCUUCUUUACAAUGAUGUUCACCCUUAUGAUGGUGUCCUACACAGCCACUUCCAUGGCCCUUGCCAUUGCAGCAGGACAGAGCGUGGUCGCCAUAGCAAACCUACUCAUGACCGUGGCAUUUGUUUUUAUGAUUAUUUUCUCUGGGUUGCUGGUCAAUCUCACAAGUGUCAUGUCCUGGCUCUCCUGGCUCAAAUACUUUAGCAUCCCUCGAUAUGGAAUGACAGCUUUACAGAUCAAUGAAUUGGUUGGUCUGAAUUUCUGUGGCAGUAACAACACAGGUUUAAGCAAUGAGACUGCCUAUCGACAGACAGACAUGAUAACAUGUACUGGAGAGCAGUAUCUGGAGAGCCAAGGCAUCGACUGGAGCACCUGGGGGUUGUGGCAGAACCACGUGGCCCUGGCCUGCAUGACGCUGAUCUUCCUCACCAUUGCCUACCUCAAACUGCACUUCAUGAAGAAGUUCUCCUAAAACCAGAGGGAAAGAAGCAGCUCCCACUGUUCAGCAGCUUGCUGAACCAAUUGUGCAAUUGAGUUGAUGAUUUUUAAAAAGACCUUUUUUUUGUACUUCUGUUAUUACCCAAGCCAACAACAUGAAAGCCAUCCCUGUAUAUGCAAUACUCCUGUUAAUUUACCGUGUCAAGAUGUCUAGCAUGGCUCACUCCUCUUUGCCACCAGAAAGUGUACAGCUAUUAAUUUCUUCAAGAGAUGAUUCAGUUUUUUGGCAUGUUCUAGCUGUGAACUUGUCAAACACUAUAUCUAAUAUUUAGUGGCUUAACCAGAAAAAAAUCGUGGUUCCAUAUUUUAAUUAGCACCUAUCUUCACUAGGAAGUAAUUCAGUCCAAAGUGAUGCUUAUCAGGACACCAACACAGUCUCAGCUGCUUAUGUGAUCACAAAAUAUGUGAGACAGUGACAAAAUCCCUUCCAUCCUAGUG